AUGAGCCAGGUAUUCCAAGGAAAGCGGAAACGGAAGCUCAAUUGGGACGAUGAAGAAGAACCUGACAGUCCUGAGCCUCAGAACGAUGCUGAGAAGACGGAUGAGGCGGACCAGUCACAGCUAGAUACAUCGGUUGAAGCGCCCACAACGGUUGAUGAUGGCACUGCUCGAACCUCAUCUCGCCAGGAAUACCUCAAGCAACGACAGCAACGGAAAUUGGAGGAGCUCGAAAAAGAGCUAGCUGAUCCUAAUUGUGUUGACUAUGACAAGAAGGCCAAAGUGUACGAGCGUCUCAAGCUGAUUAUGACGAGAGAUACAAAUGUCUCUACAUACACUUUGAACUCCAGCAGUGAACCUUUAUCUCGGCGGGAAAAGCAUCAGCUUUUAACAUCCAAAACUAGGCGGGAUGAUGGAGGCCCAAAGAAGCUGUGGGAACAGCAACAGCUCGAAAAAGUGGGCCAAGUUGAAACCGAUGAUCGCAUCCAUCUUCCUGGUCUGGAGAAAUAUGAAUUCGUAUUUGAUCAGUCUCAGUUUGUUGACUUUGGUGAUGAAGAGACUUAUGGUGGUGAAGAUGAUCUCGAAGAUGACGUUAAACCUGAAGGCGAUGACAUUCAAGCGGUUAGACGCCUGCUUCCUGUUUAUCGGUUCCGCCAAUCGUUUUUGGAUGCAGUCAAAGCUAACCCAGUGAUUAUUGUAGUUGGUGAAACCGGUUCCGGUAAAACUACUCAGCUUCCUCAGUUUCUCUACGAGGAAGGAUACGCCAAGGGCAAAAUUGUCGCCUGUACCCAGCCGAGACGAGUGGCAGCUACUUCGGUGGCGAAACGUGUUGCUGAAGAAAUGAAUACUAAACUCGGACAAAAAGUAGGGUACACGGUGCGUUUUGACGACACUUCGCUGCCCGAAACAGCAGUUAAGUUUAUGACUGAUGGUAUGCUUCUUCGAGAGUUUCUUACUGACCCGUUGCUAUCCAAGUACGGGGCGAUUAUGAUUGAUGAAGCUCACGAACGGACACUCCUGACUGAAAUUGUGCUAGCUCUUCUCAAAGACAUCAUCAAAGAGCGUACUGAUCUCAAAGUGAUUGUGGCUUCAGCAACAAUAAAUGCUGACCGAUUUUCGGAAUACUUUGACGGUGCUCCUAUUCUCAACAUUCCUGGCCGUCGGUUCCCUGUUGAAGUUCACUAUACACUGGCGCCAGAGGCCAACUAUAUCCAGGCCGCCCUUACUACAAUUUUCCAAAUUCAUUUAACUCAACCAUUGCCAGGUGAUAUUCUUGUGUUUCUUACAGGUCAAGACGAAAUUGAGCAAAUGGAGAACGCCUUGGUUGAAGCGUUGGAGAAACUCAGAGACAAUGACGAAGUGGCUCCCCUCGAGGUUUGCACGAUCUACGCCAAUCUUCCUCCAGAGCAACAAGCAAAGAUUUUCGAACCCGUUCCUUCAGGCACCCGCAAAGUGGUACUUGCAACCAAUAUUGCGGAAACGUCAAUUACCAUCAAUGGCAUUGCUUACGUCAUUGAUCCUGGUUACGUGAAACAGAAUGUCUACAAUCCACUUACCGGCAUGGACUCGUUAGUGGUGGUUCCAAGUCUGCGUGCUUCAGCCGACCAACGAGCCGGGAGAGCUGGGAGAGUGGGGCCAGGGAAAUGCUUUCGCUUGUUUACUAAGUGGGCUUACGAUCACGAAUUGGAGGUGAACCCCACUCCAGAAAUCCUUCGUGUGAAUCUUGUGGGUACGGUCUUGCUUCUCUUGUCGAUGGGUAUCACUGAUUUAGUGCACUUUGAUUUCAUGGAUAAGCCGCUGGCUCAAGGUAUGCUGAAACUGUUGGAGUUGUUGUAUGCGCUUGGUGCACUCAAUAGAAAAGGUCAGCUUACUCCGACUGGUCUCCAAAUGGCAGAGUUCCCGUUGCCACCAACCUUGUGUAAAGCAUUGUUGACGGCUAGUAAGCUUAAUUGCAUUUCCGAAGUGAUUCUGAUUGUGUCAAUGCUUGGAGAAUCAGGGUCUUUAUUCUACAGACCCAAAGAUCAUAAGGAGGCAGCCGAUAAUGCCCACAAAAAAUUCUUUCACCCUAGAGGUGACCACUAUAUGCUCCUCUCGAUUUGGAACGAGUUUGUUGAUCUGGGAUUCUCCAAGCUGUGGUGCCAGGAUCACUUUGUUCAGUAUAAAACUCUUAAACGCGUUAAGGACGUCAGAACUCAGGUAGAGGGUUUGUGUGACAAGAUUGGUUUGGACGUUCAUGGUGAACAAGAUGAUAUUGAUGAAAGUGAACGUGAGGGCCUCAUCGAGAAGGCACUCAUCUCGGGUUUCUUUGCUAACAUUGUUCGACUUCUGGCAAUGGGCGACAGCUUCAAACAAGUUAAAGCAUUGCUGGGCAAUGCCGGGACGGUGCUGGUCCACCCGUCGCUGUGCGUAUACCCCAUGAAACCUCCCCCGAAAUGGUUGUUGUACUACGAACUUGUGCUCACGUCAAAGGAGUAUCUUCGAAAUUGUAUGGUCAUCACCGACCCUCGCUUGAUUGAGACGUAUGGAGGGCAUUACUACAAGCCAGACCAACUCAAGUAA